AUAUUAUCGCUACUAUAAUACCAAUCGUGUAUCAGAUAGCAAAGUCGCGCGCUUGUGAGUAGACGUUGGAUCAAAGCGAUUUCGCAAAAUUAUAAUACAAAAAUUUUCUAAAGUGAACGGUGCUUUUAAAAUAUAACCCACAAUAAACAUGUGUGAAAAUAUGACUAAAUACUCACUCUUAGUCGUCGUGGCAGCUUUGAUCGCUCACACUCAAGCCCGAGAUAUACCUUCAAUCAUAAAGAACCCAAAGCUAGGGCCGACAUACAAUGAAUUACUUUUCAUACUUCAAUCAAGAUUUGGCGAAGCAGGGCCACAGCCGAAGCACUUGACGCCAUGUGCCAGAGCUAUACUAGGAUGCUGCAACAACAAUGUGAUGAACGAAACAUGUUCCGAAAGUCUCAAAUGUGGGGCUCACUUUUUUGACGACAACCCAUGCGAGGAAAAAUUCAUAUUAGACGCUUUGACUGCUGCAAAACUAUUCUAUGAACAAUUUAACACAGUCGCCGCAGCGUAAUGCGUUACAGGAAAAUCACUAACGCUAGGUUGUAUUCUGUUUUGAAUACGCCGUAGUCUAUAACAACCAUUAAAGUAUUCAAGGUUGGACAAGUAUCGGCAUUGAAAUGCAAAUAUUCGUGGAAAUGGUUGCUAUAACAACGCAAUGAACUUGCGUAAAGAAACGGGAAGCAUUGCCUGUGUCAAGGGAAGCUCAAAGGACAACUGCAUUUAUUGACCAUGUAUAGGUUAAAGUAUUUUUCCUUGAUUGUUCUUGAUUCACAUCUGCCUCACCAUUGAUUUCAUUUUUAACCGACUUCAAAUACAAGGAGGUGGUUUUCAAUUCAACGCGUAUGUUUUUUUUAUGUUACCUCAUAACAUCGUCAUAUAUUAACCAAUUUAGAAAGUUAUUUUUUUGUUUGAAAGUGUAUAGGUACUUCCAGAUUUUUCCCAUUUCAUUUAUAUGAAAAUCGCUUUCAAUCGCAAUUUUGUGUUACAAUCAAAAUAACUGAAAUACGUCUUUGAAGUCGGUUCCAUUUUUAUGUUACAAAGAUUAUUCUUUCUUCAUGAUAACGUUUCUAGUGGUGUAAAGUGUUGUUAAGAAAUGGUCGUUGUAGAUCUGAAUUAGUAAAAUUGAAACGACUAGAUUAUACUUGUAUUGUACAUAGAUUUAUUUAAAGACUAGUCGAUGUAUUAUAAGAUAAAUUUGUAUGUGUCUAAGUCACAUUCCUAUUUAUUAUCGGGAACAUCAUUAUGGAGGAGAGACGAAAGGUGAUUUAUUCGUAAAUGAAUGUUUUUUUUUUUAUAAAUAGUUUAAGAAUUAAGUAUUUCACGUCGUUAUAUAUCAAGACACAAGACAAAACAUGAGUAAUAAUAGUUACAGUGGUAGAAAAUUAUCUAGAAUUAUAACAUUUGUUUCUAGUCGAACCCUAUGCUUCACUAUAGUUAGUUAAUAUCAUACGUGUCAGGAUUCUAUGGCAAAUGUAAUUUAACAAUGGGAGUGGGCAAUUGUUACUAUCCCAUCAUUAAAAACUAUGACUAGGUAUUUAUUAUUAUUAAUUUGUGUAAGGCGUUAAUUAUUAAUUAAUAAAAACGGAUAUAUUUUUGAGAUAA